CAAACCCUUAUAGCUUCUCAACUCCCAAUUUACAAAACCCUAAUUUCAAUUUUCAUUCAUUCAUUUUUCUUGAUCAAGAACAAUAAUUUAAUUAUUUACAUUAAAUUGAAUUUCGAAUCAUAUCGAUGGGCAACAGUCUGCGGUGCUGUCUGGCGUGCGUGCUUCCAUGUGGAGCACUCGACCUGAUCCGGAUCGUACACUCCAACGGCUAUAUUGAGGAGCUUCCGGGUCGGGUCACCGCCGCCCAGAUCCUCGAGAACAACCCGAACCAUGUCCUCACGAAACCUUGCUCGCAAGGCGUCGCCUGCAGGGUCCGACCCGAAUCGGAUCUUAAACGGGGCUCCAUUUAUUUCCUGGUUCCCGCAUCCACCGGUUCGCCGCCGCGGGAGCGGGUCAAGAAGAAAAUGGCGAGCUCUGUGAAGCGGCGGCGGGUGGUUACGGCGGCGACCGGCGGGAGUGGCCGGAAGGCUGCGUGGCGGCCGCACCUGGGCAGCAUUUCGGAGGAGUGGUGACUGAGAUGUGUACAGAUAGAUAUAUAUAAAUUGUGGUUUUAAAAUUUUCCCUCACGGAAUUGAUUGAUGAUCAAUAAUUAAUUAAUUAAUUAUUGGUCAGAUUGGAUCUGCAUGAGUUUUGGCAAUUGCAGAUAUGAUUAUAUUUUGAGUUUUUGAAGCUAAUUAACCAAUUCUUAUGAUUAUUCUACA